GAAUCGGUUAAAGCCAUGACUCAUUGACGCCAUUGACGCCAUUGACGGGAAGCUGAAAGGAAACUAAGGGAGUAAAUGGGAAAAAGAAAGGAAGAUUCCAAACCUGCAAGUGUUAAAUUCAUCAUUUCCAAUGCAAUUUAGUCAAAUUCCCGCGUCCCUGAAACGUCAAAUCCUCAUUUCCUUCAAAAACCUUCUCAAACCAAUCUACAACGCCUUCAAAAACCUCUUCAUCCCAAUGUCCCAAGAACAGCUCCAAGCCUCCUCUGCGUCUCCACCACCCUUUGACCCAUCACAACCCUCUACUCCAAUCUCCUACCCUAUCAAAACCCUUCAAGAACUCGAGUCCCGCUCCUAUUUCAGCUCCUUUCACUACCCAUUUAAUGUGGCAUCUGUGCCUAUUCAAUCUGGGUCGUUGCCCAGUAGGCCGAGGAUGCUUGUGUGCCAUGACAUGGCUGGUGGGUACCUUGAUGAUAAGUGGGUUCAGGGAGGGACUAAUGAGGGUGCCUAUGCGAUAUGGCACUGGUAUUUGAUGGAUGUGUUCGUGUAUUUUUCGCAUAGUCUUGUGACUCUUCCGCCUCCUUGCUGGACUAAUGCUGCUCACAAGCAUGGUGUUAAGGUAUUGGGAACCUUCAUCACAGAAUGGGAUGAAGGAAGAGCCAUUUGCAAUGCACUGCUAUCAACAAAGGAGUCUGCUCAAAUGUAUGCUGAGCGCUUAACAGAGCUUGCUGUUGCUUUGGGCUUUGAUGGGUGGCUGAUCAAUAUGGAAGUUGCAUUGGCUAAAGGGCAAAUCCCUAAUCUGAAAGAAUUUGUCAGCCAUUUAACCCAGACCAUGCACUCUUCAAUGCCUGGAUCUUUAGUUAUAUGGUAUGAUAGCGUCACCAUUGAUGGUAGUCUUGAGUGGCAAGAUCAACUGAACAAUAAGAAUAAACCUUUCUUUGAUAUAUGUGAUGGCAUUUUUAUAAACUACACGUGGGCGGAAAGCUAUCCAAAGAUUUCAGCUGAUGCUGCUGGUGAUAGAAAGUUUGAUGUGUACAUGGGUAUUGAUGUUUUUGGAAGGAAUACCUAUGGUGGUGGACAAUGGAAUACAAACGUUGCACUUGAUUUGCUGAAGAAAGAAGAAGUGUCAGCUGCCAUAUUUGCACCUGGAUGGGUCUAUGAAACCAAGCAACCACCUGAUUUUCAGACUGCACAGAAUCGUUGGUGGUCUCUUAUUGAGAAAUCAUGGGGAAUACAACAAAAAUACCCCAGAGUAUUGCCAUUCUACUCAAAUUUUGAUCAGGGUCAUGGUUAUCAUUUUGCAAUCGAUGCAGUCCAAGUAUCAGAUACUCCUUGGUGCAACACCUCUUGCCAAAGCUUUCAGCCUUUCCUUGAGUUUUCUGAAGACUCUACCAACACUAUUCAAGUCAUUGUCAAUUCUAAGGAAGCAUCUUAUAGCGGAGGAGGGAACAUCACAUUUAAAGGAACUCUUCAAGGAAAUGAUUAUUUCAGGACGAGGCUCUUUCUGGGAGAGAUUCUUUUGGGGAAUUUACCAGUCCACUUUACAUAUUCUUUGAAAUCAGAUAGCAGCUCUCUGGUUGGCCUUUCUCUUGAGUUCUCUUCUACCUUGAAUGAGAGAAUGUCGGUUCUUCUUGCAGCCCAGGGAAGCACAUUGCUUACAAUGAACCAAUUCUCAAGCAAAUUCAGCAAAGUGAUCAUGCCACAUAGAGUUGUAAAGAUAGAAGCAGCUCCAGGUUGGGUCAUACAGGAGAGUAGUAUUGCAAUGAAUGGGUACAUAUUAACAGAGAUUCAUGCUGUAUGCUACAAGUCAAAGCCUGAUUUUAUUGACUUGAAAUUGAAUUCUGGGUCAGAUCAUCUUGAUAAUGAUUUAGCUCGCAGUCCAUCAAAUUAUUAUGCAGUGCUAGGUCAUCUCAUGGUUAAAACUUCUGAUCAGAACCCAGAUUUCUUACCCUCUAGUUCAUGGCUGGUUGAGGUUCAACAUAUUAAAUGGACUUCAGAUUUGCAGGGAGCCAAGACCCUUAGUGCUAAGAUCAUUUGGAAAUUGAAAGAUGGAAAUUAUUCCAUGUCCCAAAACUACAAUGUUUAUGUUGAGAAACUAGCAAAUGAAGAGGUUGGAAAUCCUGGUACAAUGCUUAAAAGAGAGCAGGAAUAUCUUGGAGUGGCACAAGUGGAAGCCUUUUAUGUUUCUGACUUCGUGGUUCCUUCUGGAACUUCCAGUCUUAAAUUCAUCAUACAAGUAUGUGGUACUGAUGGAGCUAGCCAGAAGCUAGAUGAUUCUCCAUAUUUUCAACUGGAUAUUGAAGAUUCAAUAUCAUCAUCUGGUACCAAUGAUGAUGGGAUGAAAUUCAGGAACCGAAAAUGUGAAUGUGGCAAGAAAGCUGUGAUAAAAUUUUCAAAGUCAAAAAAUAGCCCUCAACCCUAUUGUUGCUGUCCAACUGGUAGUUGUAGCUACUUUGAGUGGUGUUUUUCUACCCAAGAUUAUAGAAGGAGCAAUGUAAGUGAAACGGAUGUGAGUAUGAUAGCUGAGCUGAGGGAAAUUCACAAUAAUUACAACUUGGUGAAGAUUUUGGUUGUUGGGACAAUUGUUUGGCUGCUUGGUUAUUACCUUUGCUUCUUUUGCUGGUCUUGAUGGAAUGUAGUCACUUGAAUUGGUGAGUAUUUAGGAUAUGAAGGAUUGAGAUGUGUAUGAAUAAUAUGCAUGGAGAAAUAAGUGGCUUGAGGUUUAAUGCAUUCAAUUUAUAUUAUGUAAUGAAUGAAUUUGAAUAUGUAUCGUUAUUCAUUCAGUAACUGCAUGUUAGAGAGCAUAUAGAAGGUGAUAGACAUAUUCAUUGUUUAAGUUAUUUGCUCCACAAAUUAAGGUUUGUAUCAACCAAAUGAAUUGUCUUGAA